AUGAGCGGCACUUUUAGGUUCGUCAUGGAGGAGCCGAGUGAGUCGGGCAAAGGACAGCAGAAGAAGCGCGCAAGGCUGGUAACCGCAUGCGACAAUUGCCGCAACAAGAAGAUCAAGUGUCUCCGGUCUCCCGCCUCCGUAGUCUGCGAAUCCUGCAAGCAGUCCUCACUCGAAUGCACCUUUGCAGACAGGGACAAGUACCAAGCUGAGAAGCUCGGUGUCUCCUAUUCCGCCACCUCUGCAGCACCGUAUCCCACCCCAUGGAGGGAGGGCAGUGCACCGGAGGAAGGGUUGGGUCCGCAUAGGCGGAGGAGCAACAGUCUGGCAAGACCGGCGAUGGAGAAUGGCGUGAAUGGAGUAUCGAGGAUCAGCGUUGACCUUCCUUCUGUUUCCAGCCCUGGAGCAGGGCUCAACUCGCCUUUAUCGUUCGAGAGCUUUGCACAAGGGGUUUCCAGUAUGCAGACUGCCACUCCAGGCGGGGCGAGCUCAUCAGGCAGCGGAGCAGCCUCAACAGGAAGUGGGGCGAACCUCCCAACGCCCGAGUCUCCCGUCGGCCAAACAGCGCUCGCAACCCCUAUCAACCCUUCCUCCGGGUCGUUCAACAGCCUCUUACACGCAAAUCGCAUGUUCGCACCGCAUCAUUCCACCCUCCCUCCCAAUCUCCAAGGACUACAUAACCUCCAGGGCAACCUCCUGCCUGGGAUCGCAGUGCAGAUGGAUCGGCUGAAACAGGCUCGGCGCGGGCGAGCAGGGGUAAAGCUUGAGCCAGGAUCUGGGGUGGGUUUCCGCGGUGGGAGGGACGAGUACCCGCCUAGCGAGGACGAGAAAGGCGAGUUGAAGCGAAUCAGCGUCCCCUUCUUUCGCUACUUUGGCGCUACGGCCAACACACCCGGUUAUCGAAGGAUCAACGUCCAUACGCAUACGUACGAGAAGGCUGCUCCGGCAGUUUCGGCGGGCGGGACGACUUCGAGGGACUCGUCCCCGGAUGUACCGCGGGUCAGCGGUGCCCCUGUUGACGGAACAUCUGGAUCUACGAAUGGUCAGAACGGGAUGAAUGGCAGCAACGGGAACGGGGCUAGCAUCGAUCCUUUCACACACGCUGUAAGGCACCCUUUCCACCGACCGCCGCUGACGAUGCCUCCCGUCUUUGGCGCUCCUCUCCCUCCUUUCCCUACUGGUCCUCACCGGUCCGCAUCCCCCUCUCUGCCAGUAGACAACCGCCCGCUCUUCGACCCCGCAGAUGACGUGCCUACCAUGCCCCACCCUGACCACCUACCUCACUUGGCGGAACUGUUCUUCGAUUACCUUGGCUGUCAUUUCCCAUUCCUCGAUCGGGAGGAAGUGAUGCGCGAUAUCAAGGAGAAGAAGAUCACGGCCACACUCGCGAAUUGUAUCGCCGCUCUCGGAAUUAGGUUCACAGACCGACAGGUGCUGCUUUUCCAAACCGAUGUCGAAGGGUUGCCUACGAGAAGAGCAAGGGCAGCGGAAAAAUACUGCAUGCGAGCAAAGGAAAUCAUCACCCCGUAUCUGUCCCUGCCGAGCGUGGAAAUCGUCCAAGCGCUGGUUCUGAUCGCCUGGGCAGAGUUUGGCUGCGGGCGAGAUAGCGGGUUAUGGAUGUAUUCCCGCAUGGCUGUAGGAAUGGCGAUGGACCUCGGGCUGGGCUUCGAAGCCACUAUUCAGCUGGUCACUGACCAUCCGGAACGCAUCCGCGCUACCUGGUGGGCGGUGAUACUCGUAGACCGGAUAAAUUGCUGGGGCACCGGAAGGCCCAUCGCUAUCCCGGACGAUGCGUUUGACACAGAGCCCCCAUUUGUCCCACCAAUGCAACAUGGGUAUAAUCGCUCUACGCCACCCCCGCCGGGGUAUGUAUUUGGGCAUCUUUGCAGGCUGGUGCAGUUGAGGGGUCGGAUGGGAGACUUGAUCAAUAACACCGUCAAGAGAAAGCUGAAUACAAGCCCGGUUGACCUGGAGCUAACAUCAUUACAAUACGAGAUGAUGGCGUUCUAUGCGUCUUUGCCAAACGACCUGCAGUUCAAUCUCGCCAACUUCAAAUUGUAUUUCCAGGCGAGCCAAGGUGCUCUUUUCCUCCUGCUGCACGUCAUGUUCCAUUCUGUCCUUAUCGUGUUGCAUCGCCCUCAGUUACUAGAGGACUUUACUCCAGACGUACCGCGUGCGUCUAUGCCUAGCGUCGAGCUUUCGCGUUCCUCCGCUCGAACGAUUGUGGACAUGGUCCUCCUGACAGACGAGCAGGGUCCGCUAGCACUCAUGGGCAACCCCUUCGUCGAUCUGCCCAUUCUCACAGCUGCUCGCUCAUUCCUAGAAGACAGAAAGGAGUUCCCCAUAGCGCAGAUGCCGAUGAACCUGAUCAUGAGCAAGAAAUGGCCGGAUUCUAGCAUCGCCAAGUGUAAGCAGUUCCUCGCCAAGAUGUCCAAGUAUUGGGGAGGUGUAAUGGCCGUGAGGAGGAUUCUGGAGGAGCAGGAUAUGUCACCGGACGGAAGCUUCGACCUUGGCCGUGGUGAGAGUGGUGACAGCCAAGUUGCUCCGCCUCGGCCGGACAGCGAGCUCAUCAAACAAUGGGCAACAAAGCAAUGGCGGAUGCAUGUUACCGAAAAUCGGAAGUCUCACCGAGAUAACACCGAAGACGGGUCGAAUGGUCCAGUCUCUCCCUCUGACAGUCAGAAGGCCGAUAUGCUUCGUUUCGGGGAUAGUCCAGAAGGAGCAAGCAUCGGAAUCACCGGCACCCUGGACACGCUUCUGGGCAUGCAGGACAACAGCAGCAUGGAUGCUCUGCUUCAAAAUGAUCCAGCGAAUCUUCUACGCGUCUCAUUCAACCAAGCAGAAGCGGAUUUCCAGUUCUCCAAUUUGCCAACUCAGUAUUACAGCAUCGCCGAUCCAGUCGACAACUUCUUACAAACAUUGCAAGGAGGCGGCGGCAUGCAGCUCGGUCCACCAGAUCUCCAGCAGCCACAACCGAUGAACACCCAGCAACAACAAUCCUUGCAGCCACCACCACAAGAGCAACAUCCACUGAUGGAUGUUACCAUGAGCGAUAACACGAACGGAUCGUUUGACACGGAUGCGAUGCUGCUGUUCCAGAACGAGAUUGGGCGCUUCUUCUCCAUCCCAGAGCAUCUCAGUCGAGCGCCUAGCCCAACCCUGAGAUCAGAGCAACCAGGCAAUUGA